AUGUCAGAUGGAAACGCUGAAAGUGGCAAGGAUUUCGACCUGGCUUCCAUCUACGUGUCGGACGCUCAGUACAACAGAAACAUCUGUUUGGACGCGUCGCCUCAGGCUGUGAAACUGUAUCUUCUCUACAACCACUGGUUUCUGAAGGUUCUGCUCUACUUCUUCAUCCUGGUGGAUCUGUCUCUGGCCGCCUUCGAGGAGCCGGCCGUCUUCUCUCUGCCCAUGUGGGCCACCAUGUUGGUGGAGCUGCUCUGUUUGCUGGUCUUCACCGCUCGACUGGUUCACUACGCCAAGGUCAUCCCUCGGGACAAGUUCUGGAAAGACGCCAAAAACAUCUGCAUCAUUGUCGUGCUCAUACUCACUCUUGUCGAUAUGAUCAUCUACGGAGCGCUGAAAGCUGCAGACUGUUACGCCCUCCGCUGGUCCAGAGUCCUGCGUCCGCUCCUAUUGGUCAACAUCACGGAGGGACGGCAGCUCCGCAGGGCGUUCAGAAGCAUCCGGAACGCUCUGCCUCAGAUUUUCUACGUCUUCCUGCUCUUCAUGUUCAGCGUCCUCAUCUUCUCCCUCAUGGCCCUGAAGCUUCUGGGUAAACGAGGUCUGAAGACCAUUGACGGAUCUCCGUACUUCACCAACUACCUGGAGAUCGUCUUUGACCUGUACGUCCUCGUCACCACGGCCAACAGCCCCGACGUCAUGAUGCCGGCGUACAACUCCAGCUUCGUCUUCGCCAUCUUCUUCAUCAUCUACAUCCUCAUCAACACCUACAUAUUCAUGUCCGUCUUCUUGGCCGUCGUCUACAACAACUACAAAAAAUACCUGAAGGAGGAGGUGCGGCAGCUGGUCAGGGCCAAAAGGCACAAGAUGGUGCGAGCGUUUGCCGUCCUGCAGGAGCCAAGGGGGGAGGGGGUUGAACCGGUGGUGACCCAGGCCGACUGGAACCAAGUGGUACGACUGGUCCAGCCCGAUAUCAGCAACGCCCACAGAGAGCUGCUGUGGAGCGUCUCCGACAACAAGAACCAGGGGUUCAUCGGUAAAGUGGCGUUCGUCCAGCUGGCCGACCUCCUGAACAUCGAGGUGAUCACGCUCAAGUCGAGACCGCACCCACUUCACCGUUUGUGCCCCGCCCUCUACCUGUCAGGGCCCAGCCGCCUACUUUGCAGAUUGAUCCAACACAGGGCCUUUGUGAUCAUGUACGACCUCAUCAUCCUGGUGAACGCCGUCUUCAUCGGGCUGGACGAGGAGAAUCCCCUGAUCGCCAACUCAGAGUGGGUCUUUCUGGCUCUCUACCUGCUGGAGAUCCUCCUGAAGCUCUACGUGUUCGAGCCCAGAGCGUUCUUCUCCAGGCACAACUUCUGGAACUGGUGA